UCCCGCGUUUGCCUUUGCCUGACACAACGACUGUCGCCGCCCGCCAUUCGCCAUAUUCGUUUUCACUCUGCGCAUUUGUCACUUGUCAUUCGCCAUUGCCUCGUUGCUCACGUCGCUGUCUGCCUUCGUCCGGUGUCGCACUCGAAUUCGUUUACCGCUUCGUUUAAAUCUUGACAUUUAUCCGCGUCCAUACACCGUCGCCAUCAUGCCCAGCCCAAUGAAGAAAGUACGCAAAUGCACCGAAGAAAACGUUUUGGCUUUCUCCAAACUCACCGAACACGGUUUCCAGCCCACCAAGGGUAGCGAACACGCGGCCGGUUACGACCUCAGGAGUGCCUAUUCAUAUGUUGUGAAAGCCCACGGAAAAGAGCUGAUCAAAACCGACAUCCAGAUUAAAGUUCCCCAAGGUACCUAUGGUCGUGUCGCUCCACGUUCUGGUCUUGCUUGGAAAAAUUUCAUCGAUGUUGGUGCUGGUGUGAUUGACAGUGAUUAUAGAGGAAACGUAGGUGUCAUACUAUACAACCAUUCUGAUGAAGACUUCAUAGUAAAUAAGGGUGAUAGAGUUGCCCAACUUAUCUGCGAGAUGAUAGUUUAUCCAGAAGUAGUUGAGUUUAAGACAUUGGAUGAGACUGAUCGAGGUGAAGGUGGUUUUGGAUCUACGGGCACUAAUUAAAAUUUCCAAUUAUGUAUUCUGUUGUGGAUUGAGUUUUUAUCAAAAUAUUGUGAUACUUAAUUAAAUUAAUCUCUUUUUGUUAAGCUAUGUAAACAUGGACCCUUAUGUGAUCCGUAAACCUGACGUAAUUUAUAAGUUAAUUGGUAAAAGAGAUAACUUAUAAGUUUUUUCUGUAAUAAUUAUUAUUUAAUUUAUAUCAUUUACAUACAAUUUGUAAUUUAUCCUAAUACAUUAAAACAAUAUAACAUUUUUAAUAUUAGU